UAUCGUGUAAGUCACGUCAAACACGUUUUUCAGCCAAAAUAUAAAUGAGAAAAAUUGUUUUUAUUAAAUUAAUAAUUUCAUGUUCAUUACUACUUAUUCCUGUUUGUUGUUCAUGCAGUCCCUGAAGAAAAUUCGUUUAGUUCUGUGUUUUUAGCAAUUUUUAACUUCUAGCAAAACUGCAAUUUAUUUGAAUUUGGCAAUUGUUGGAGGAAAUAAUACCAAUUUGACGUAUGAAGUGUUAAUACUUAGCGUAACUCGAAUUCGCUUAGCUCGAGUGUCGCGUAACUCGGGGAAAGACUGUAGUUAUUUUUAAACACCGCUGUGAACAUCAGCGAAUCAGCUGCUAAAUGAUCGAUGCGUUCUCUCCUCCUCUUUCUCAGAUGUUUUGCGAUCGGGAGCUUGUUUACUCUGGAUGGUUAAGAGCGUAGCUGUUAAUGUUCUAUGUCUACAGCUUGGGUAAAUAUCAACGGGCAAUUUCAUUUUUUUAACACUGAUUAAAUGUUAAAUUGCUGUAGAUAUUUCCGUGUUGUGUCUAUGACAAUUUUCGAUUUGUACCAUAAAAUUCCAUAAUGAUUGUUUUGUGCACGGUCUGGACAGCUCGCAAUUAUUCAUAUAGACAUGUUCAGCGAGUGGUAGUUUUGUUCAGGCAUAUAAUACACUCUUACAGCGAGAUAUAGAAUUGUUCGGAUCGGAAGUAGGCGUUGAUAUGAUCGGCUAUAUUGUAUAGCUGUCUCUUUCGUACCCUUUGGACUGCAGCUUAGAUCAUUCUCAUCAGUAGGUAAACAAACGAUUCAAACAAAUGUUCUGGUUUCAACAUAUUUUUGCAUUGAAAAGCUUGGGAAUUGAUUAUGUGCUACUUUUAAGAAAUUUAAGAAUGCAACAUUAAACGCUGUGACGCAGGGUGUAAACAAAACAUAUGACAGCAGUACAGAACCGCCGAUCAUGUCAACACAUACUUCCGAACAAUUCUAUACCUCGCUGAAAGAGUCUGUUAUAUGCCUGAACAAAACUACAAUUCACUGAUCAUAUCUAUAAAAUCCUCGAAAAUCCUGUAUUACCCUGCACAUGCUUAUAGUCACGAUUAUAACAUUGUAAUUUUUAUUUGUGUAUGCCGUAUCUAUUCAGUUGCAACCUGGUAAAUAAGAUUUUGCUCUAUAUAUUUUUAAUUUGUUAUCUACUCACUUUUAUAAACUUUGUUUUGACUGGACCUUAUCAAUUAAGGUUAGGGUUAACUUUAAGUUUAGAUUUAGUAUCUAAGUAUAAAUUAGCAAUUGUAUAGCCCAUGACGGAAACAUUUUUCUAUUAGUAAAUAAAAUAAAUAAACAAAUAUUUAACAAAAACUAGGGUUCGACGAUAUAGGAAGUACUUAACGUUAGCAAAAAUACAGUUAAAAAUUUUACAUGUUUGUACCAACCGUUCACUAAGAAAUACAAUCUGGCCGUCCAAUGUGAUAAAAAACGUGCCGAUGGAGGUGUGUCCAUUCCAGACUGGUUCUUUUACUUUCAUCGUAUUUUCGGUGACCAAUAUGUUGUUCUUGUUGGGUAUGCACUUGUUUCUAUUUUACUUCUUCGUAUACGUAAUGUAGAUCAGUUUUGGCAAGUAAAAGUAGUGCAGUUUCGUGGUAGCCUUGUCUCAAGGACGUAUACAGAAGUCUCGAUUUCAACUGUAUCAAGCGUUGGAGUCUCCUAUUUUCACUGAGUAUAAAAGGCGUUGGUUACGAUAUCACACAGCACAGUCACACUGAACCUCAACCAGUAAACAAUCCCGCUCCAAUAAUGGCGUUCAAAUUCGUUCUGCUCGCUACUCUGGUAGCUGCCGCCAGCGCUGGUCUGCUUCCUGUGGCUCACCAUGGAUCGAUCGCUACGUCGCACUCCACCAUCCAGCACCAUGCUGCUCCCGCUAUCCAACAUGUCGGAUCGGUCCACGCCGCUCCGGCUAUCUACCAGCACUCGGCCCCGGCUAUCUACCAGCACUCGGCCCCGGCUAUCGUCAAGACCAUUGCUCAGCCCACGAUCAUCAAGUCUGUAGAGCACCACGCUCCGGCCAACUACGAGUUCUCGUACUCCGUCCAUGACGAGCACACCGGAGACAUCAAGAGCCAGCACGAAACUCGCCACGGAGACGAAGUCCACGGACAGUACUCGCUGUUGGACUCCGACGGUCACCAGCGCAUCGUCGACUACCAUGCUGAUCAUCACACCGGAUUCAACGCCGUCGUGCGCCGUGAGCCCUCGGCUGUGAAGAUCGCUCAGCCCGUGCACAAGGUGAUUGCCCAGCCCGUGCAUGUGUCCAGCUAUGCCCAUGCUCCAGUAGCUCACGCCACUGUCCAGCACCAUGCUACCCCGAUCGCGCACUACUCCGCACCGAUCGCGCACCACGCUGCUCCGAUCGCGCACUACGCUGCCCCGAUCGCGCACCACGCUGCUCCGAUCGCGCACUCAACCUCCAGCAUCGUCCAUGGACCGAGCCAUCUGAGCCAUCAUCAUUACUAAGAAUCAUUCUAUUGGUGUAGUAAGGACUUCAGUUACAAAACAGAUAGUUUAUAAAAGCAUAAAUAAAAAGCGAUUUAAAAUUAUAGCUGUGUCUUAUUUAUUUAGAUGUUCACUCGAGAUUCAUUUGGCUAGAUACACAUUUAUAAUCAAAUUAUUAAUAGUAUCAUUAUCAUCAUCGUAUCGUAUUGGUCGUAGACCUGGUUUUUAGACACGACGUUUUACUAGCUACUUUUUACUGUAUAUUUGUAUAGUUACGUUUGACUACAGUCUUUCCCCGAGUUACGCGAAUAAUUCGGUCUAGGGAUAUUCGUGUAAAUUGGAUUUUCGUGGAAGUCAAAUAUCACGUUUUCAGCCAAAAUAUAAAUGGAGAAAAAAUGUUAUUAAAUUUAAUAAUUUCAUGUUCAUUACUACUUAUUCCUGUUUGUUGUUCAUGCAGUCCCUGAAGAAAAUUCGUUUAGUUCUGUGUUUUUAGCAAUUUUUAACUUCUAGCAAAACUGCAAUUUAUUUGAAUUUGGCAAUUGUUGGAGGAAAUAAUACCAAUUUGACGUAUGAGGUGUUAAUACUUAGCGUAACUCGAAUCGUUUAGCUCGAGUAUCGCGUAACUCACCGAAAGACUGUAGUUAUUUUUAAACACCGCUGUGAACAUCAGCGAAUCAGCUGCUAAAUGAUCGAUGCGUUCUCUCCUCCUCUUUCUCAGAUGUUUUGCGAUCGGGAACUUUUUCACUCUGGAUGGUUCUGUUAAUGUUCUAUGUCUACAGCUUGGGUAAAUAUCAACGGCCAAUUUCAUUUUUUUGACACUGAUUAAAUGUUAAAUUGCUGUAGAUAUUUCCGUGUUGUGUCUAUUACAUUUUUCGAUUUGUACCAUAACAUUCCAUAAUGAUUGUUUUGUGCACGGUCUGGACAGCUCGCAAUUAUUCAACAAAAAAUUUACAAUUUAUAAUCACGACACGACAAAGGCCUGAAAAGGAUUAAAUUUCUACAACGUAAUUGAUAAACAAAAAGGUUAUAGAGGCAUAUAGUAUGUUUGCAGUGUCUCAUGUUUAGUUUAGUUUAGUUUAGUUUAUUAAUCGAUGGACUAUGAAGCCCUCUCGAGUCAAAAUUUGUUUACAAUACACAUUAGAUAACGAACAGAACAUUUACAUAUUGUUAUUGUUGAACGCAUUCCGAACACUUAAAAGCGAAGUCAGUUCCGUUAUCGUCAUUCCAGGCUCGUAAAUAUCGUCAGCUGAAUUUAAAAGACGGCACAUACAAAGAAGGGGAUUGCGAGAGCCAAAUGUUGUUCGGGUUUGAGCGACUGCCAGCAUUGGUCGACGACGAAGUAUUCUGGCAGGAACAUAGAGGUAAAUCCUUGAAAGCAGCUCGGGACAGUCAAUGGUUCCGUUUAAGAUUCCCGUGAUAAAUGCCAGUCUGGCGUGCUCAACACGUUCGGCGAGAGGCGGGAUCCCAAGCAGCAAACACCUAGUUCUGUAGUCGAGACGACGCGGCCAAUCACGAAGGGCGAAGCGCGUUGCCUUCCGUUGGAUGGACUCUAGCCACGCAAGUGCCCGAGUAGAUGCUGGCCACCAAACAAUGCUAGCAUAUUCCAGCAGUGGUCUGAUAAGUGUCAGUCGCAGUACAGUGUCUUGAAACACAUAGGAUCACGAAGCUCGCGCGUCAUGUUUAUGACCAAGCCAAGUAGACGAUUGCCACUAGCGACUACUUGGUCUAUCUGUUCUUCGAAGGAGAGUUUAGCAUCUAGGAGGACUCCUAGAUCCUUUACUUCUUCUUUGGCUCAACAACCGAUGUCGGUCAAACGGCCUGCCUGUGCCCACUUGUAGGCUUGGCUUUCAGUGACUAAUUGAUUUCCCCCCAUAGCAGGAUAGUCAGUCCUACGUAUGGCG